CAAUUUUGAACAGGUCCACUGGUGAGGAGUCAGGUGAAAUCGACGUCCAGUGGUCAGGAGAGAUUUAAGUUUAUUUGAUUGCCUAAAGACAACGUUUCACUCCCAGAUAGGUAGAAUUAAUCUCGGCGAUUCGAUUUUUAAAGUUCAAUAACAUCAUCAAACAAGAAGCCACAAUGAAGAGUCUGAAGUAUCGACUGAAAAAACACGAGGUUACCAUCACAAACACGGACUGGAACAAGUAUGACGACCGCUUGAUGAAGGCGGUAGAGAGGGGGGAAGUGGACAAGGUGGCGGCCGUACUCAGCAAGAAGGGCAUAAUCCCCUCCAAGCUGGAUGUGGAGGGCCGCUCGGCGUUCCAUUUGGCGGCUACCAGAGGACACCUGGACUGUCUCAAUCUCAUCCUGGGACACACCGUUGAUGUCACAGCCACCGACGCCACAGGUAAAAAUGCUCUCCACCUGGCCUCAAGAAACGGACAGUCUCUCUGUGUCCAAAAGCUCCUGCAGCACAACUGUCCUGUCGGCAAUGUGGACCUACAGGGGAGGACGGCUCUGCAUGACGCGGUCAUGGCUGGCUGCUCAUCCAGUGUGAAGCUUCUCUGUGACAGUGGGGCGUCUGUAAAUGCCAGUGAUUUUGAUGGACGGACUCCUCUGGUGCUGGCCACCCAGAUGUGUCAUCCACGGAUCUGCCAGUUGCUGCUGGAACGUGGGGCGGACAUUGCUGUCCGCGACAAACAGAAUAAGACAGCUCUGAUACUGGGCUGUGAGUAUGCCUGCAUGGAUGCCGUGGAGGUCCUGCUGAAGUGUGGAGCAGACGUGACAGCCGUGGACACCUUGGGUCAUGACGGUUACCACUACGCCCGCCUCAGCAAGAACCUGGAGCUGGUCAGACUGGUCAAGACCUACCUCGAUGGCGCCACCAAAGUUAAAGAGGCAGCCAAGAUGGAGCAGAAAAAGAGACAGCAGUCAGUGGAGAUAACUGCAGAGUCUGAAGCUAACAUGAAGGAUCUGAUUUGUCAAGAUUUGGAGAGGCAGAACGAGAAUCAGCAGGAGACUUUGAGGAGAUUUCAUCAGGAGCAGAGAGCCCUACUGGACAAGGUCAACAUCCUUCAGCAGCAGCUCACGCAGGAAAAGUUGACGGUGGAGGACAUUCAUAAGGAGAGGGAACAUCUGAAGCUAUUGCUGAGUGCCAAAGAGAGGGAGGAGGGCGCCCGAGGCAUGGAGACGGUCAAGGUCCAACUAAGAAGCACACUGGGAGACUACUCCGGCCAGUCAGUUAUCAAAGGAAAAGACAACAUCUUGGUAAAACAGUCGCACAGCUUGGAUUCAGCACAAAUGCUCCAGCCUGCUGGCCCAUCACAUUCCCAAUCACGCCCUCUGGAACUGGGCCGGCCAGCUGUAGGCUGGGACCCGGCCCGCGAGGUUGACUCCUUCCAGGGCGAGCUGGAGGCGAUGAGGAGGCGGCAGCAGGCAUUGGAGAAUGAGACCGCCAGGCUGCAAGUUAUGUUGGCUCGCAAGAACCAGGAGUGCCAGGAGCUAGCCCAGAACCGGGACACUGUCCAACGCCAGGCUGACAGACAAGUCCAGGACCUGGAAGAAGCAUUGGGUGAUGUCCAGAAGAGGAUGCUGGACUCAGAGUCAAAGGUCAAGCAACUGCAGGCGCAUGUAGUGGCAGUGAAGGAGCACCUGGGAGGCCAGGCAGCUGAGGAGCUUCGUGCACAGCUCCAGGAUGUCAAGGCAAAGUAUGAAGGUGCCUCUGCCGAGGUGGGCCGGGUCCGCAAUCACCUCAAGCAAAGUGAGAAAGCCUUGGAAGAGUACAAGAGCAGUGAGGGCCAGCUUGCUGCUGAGGCGGAGCGGUUGGGUCAGGAUCUAGGCGCCCUGCGUGAGGAGCGGGAUGAGCUAGCCGAAGCACUGCUAAAAAUGGAGGCACACAUGAAGGAAGCACAGGGACGCAUGUCGGCUGCUGUGGUGCCGGCCGAGAAAUUUGACAACAUGAAGAACCUGCUGUCCAAUGCCGUGGAUGAAAAGGAGCGUCAGUUGGCAGAGCUCAGGGAGGACUAUGACCGCGUUCUGGAGGAAGUGGCUGAUCUCCACAGGGAAAUGGACAAACUGCAGUCUCCCCCUGACGGGAGGGGGACCAUUCCCACGCAGGAGCAUGAGAGGGUGAGGGCUGGUCUGGAGGAACAGAAUGCCUCGUUGAAGAGGCGCCUGGCUGACGUGACCGCCAAGAGCCAGGCGUUGAUCUGUGAGGUGGAGGAGAGUGAGGAGGAAAGGGAGAUGCUCCGGGAGCAGCUGGAUGAGCUCAACAGCAGGCUAGAGGUUGACUUUGUUUCCCUCAAGGCCCAUGAGGAGGCCAAGAUGGCGCUGUCACGGGCCAUGGAGGAACUGGAGGAUAAACUUGUGGAAGCCACGGAAAAGACGGGUAAUGCAGAAGCGCAGAUCCAAAGGCUUCAAACGGAGAGGGUAUCUCUGAACAAAAAUGUCACCAAUCUUCAGAGCGCUAAUGUGGCCUCACAUAAAAUCCAGGGAGAGCUGGACGGCCUGACAUCUCGCAACAAUGAGUUGUUGAAGGAGCUGGAAGUUCUUCAAAAGAAGUGUGAGAACCAAGAGAGAGAGCUAGGCGAGGUUGUGGCUGAGAAUGUGAUUCUGAAACAGAACCUGGAAGGAGAAGAUGUAUACAAAAAGGAGCAUGAGCAAAUAAAGUCAGAGCUGAACACUGGUUUGGAGAAGGCCAAGGCCGAGAUCUAUAAGUUAAUGAAGAAGGACAAAGAAAGUGAGGAAGAGUUGAGGAAUGUGAAAGAGGAUAGUGCCAAGUUGAAAGUAAAGCUGGAAGUAAUUCAAGUGGGGAUCGAAAAGGAAUAUAUUAGCCUUAAGGACCAUGAAGCCAUGAAGUGGGAGUUGAGCAAUGCUAUUGUCAAAUUGGAGAACCAAGUAAAAACUGCAACAGCAAGGUACGAGUCUGCUCAUGAAGAAACAAUCAAACUAAACCAAGAAAUGGAAGCUCAGAAGAAAGAGCUGGACACCAUACAGGAAGCUAUCCAGUCAAAGUUCAUCCCACUGACAGUCCUAGAAGAAAAAGAAAACUCGUACAAUGCCAAAAUUAAGGACUUGACGACAAAGCUGUCUGAGAUGCAAGAGAAGUACAACUGUGAAAAGUCUGGGGCAGAGCGCAACAAACAGGAAAAAGAACAACUGAAGUUGGACAUGGAGUCUGUUCAGGAUAGACUGAAAACGGGCUUCAUCCCUAGUGAGAAGCACAAGGAAGUAGAGGAAAAGUACAAUUGUCAAAUUGAAGAACUGACCCUGAAGCUGAUGGAUAUGGAGCAACAGUACAAAGAGGUGACUGUUCAAAGAGCUGAACUGGAAGAGCAGAACGCUCUCUGCAAAAUUGACAUCCAGAACCUCCAGCAGCGUCUAGAGUCUGAGUUAGCCAAGUUGGAAAGGUUUGAGACCGAACACCAGGUCUUGCGGGAUACCAUCCAACAAGCCCAGGCCGAGUGCCAAAAAGCCAAGGAGGUGCAACACGAGGAGUCCCAGAGGGCCUGCGCCUUAGAGAAAGAGCUUCAGGCCCGCUCUGGAGACCACGCCCUCCUCCUCCAGCAACACGCCCAGGCCCUAGCAGCCCUAGAAGGUGAGGUGGCGAAGUAUCGCCAGGCUCUCCGGGAGGAAGAGGAGAGUAGCGCUCAGAGGACAGAAGAUGUGUCGGCCCUGCAGUCGGAGCUCCUCCGGGCUAACCAGGCUCUGGAAGAGCUGAGAGGAAAGGAAUACCAAGUGAGCCAACUGAGAGCUGAAAAGCAGCGACUGGAGGAGGAGUUGGCUGAGAUGGGCAACAAGCUCUCUGGGCUGGCAAACCAGUGCACCGAGUUUCAGUGCCAGGUGGGCCAAGCCCAGGAGGGUGAGGGCAAGGCCAGGAUGGAGACAGAGGCCCUACAAGAGAAAAGUCAGGCCAUUGAGAGGGAAAUCAAGGAGUUGAAGGAGCGAUACGACGGGUCACUCGGCACCAUCGAGGACCUGCAGACGAGGAUCCAGACUUCAGCAGAGCAGACAGAGGUCAAAGACAUGAAGAUCACAGAGCUGCUGACAGACAUUGAACGACUGAAGCAAGCCCUAAAUGCAAGGGCAAAGCAGCUUCAGUUCUGGGAUGCCUGCAGGAAUGUAGCCAGUCCUUUGAAGAGUCGUCUACACUCAACAAACAUCAGGUCCAGAAUGAAGGGAAUGAAAAGGAUCAUCACUGUGGAGAGUGCAGCAUCUAUCUCCCCCAUCGUCCCUGGCCUGCUGCCCUCCUCCAUACCUCUUUCCAUCCCCCCUCCUGCACAGUAUUACUUAGCCCUGUCUCCCUGA